UAAUUCCUGUUGAUUGAAGAUGGCACAUCAUUGUCAUUGCUUACCCUUGCUGUAUUGAAUAAUUUAUAUUAAAGGAAAAAUGCAGGGAGUUCGGAGUUUGGAACCUCAAGGGCUGAGUGGCGUGUGGUGCCACAGCAUCAAGGAGGCCUCUAUAUGUGUGCUGCUUGGACACUACCACUCGAUGUUGAGGAGACUUCAUGGACGUCAAGCAGGAACUUUGCUCCUCCAACACUCUGGUGGUAUUCAUUCCUACAUUAACUCUGCUAGUGACUUUGUGAAAAACGUUCAGCCAUUUCAUCCAUGCCUGAAGUUCAUCAAUGCCCUCAUGGAAGCUCAGGUUUCUGCAUAUGGAUCUCAUGGUCUAUACUGUGGUUUAUUAUGCUCUUCACUUCUACAAGAACUUCUCAAACUUGUCAGCAAUGGUCUGCCACUUGUAAUAAUACAAGAAAUAUCUGGAGCUCUAGUUGACAUCAUUCUGUCUCACUGUUCUGAACCUACUGCUGUGCUGGAUGUGUCCAGCAUCCAUGAAAUGAUGAAAUUUUUGGGCCCUUGUCUCACUGACAGGAAUUUGGGGCUCAAUGAUGCCGAAAUUGAUCAUCUAAAAACCAAGGUACUUGAAGCAGUUUUGCUUAGCAUUUCUGACAUUGGACAUUCACAAACGUUUGGUGAUGUUGUGAUCACUGAAGUUCCAGGUCGCCCGGUGACAGAAGCCUCUGUGUUCAAAGGUCUGCUUUAUCGUCAUCAUCGCCUGCAAGAAAAUUCAAUGGCUUGUAUCAUAAGUAACUUGGAGUCUUUUAGUUCCUCACACAUUGUUGGUCAUAAACAGGCCUCAAGUUCAAUCGGAAGUUCAUCAAGAGGCAUUAAUUUGUUGAACAAUGAAGAAAAUAACAUUUUUUCCAGAAUUCCUAAUGGCAUUAAAAGUGAUAGGAUUUCAUUCUAUACACACAAUAGAGUGUCAGAUGAAGCUGAGAGCAGGAGUAUCAGUCUUAUCCUAUUCAACAUAACGUUGGAGUUCUCUUCAAAUGCCAACGAAUGUAUUAAGUUCUGUGGCAAGUUCUCUAGUUCAACCAUGUACGACAUGGAAGUCACUAAGCAACUAACGACAUUCAUGGAACGUGAGAAAAUAUUAAUCCUAGCCUGCCAGAAGGUAGUGAGUGAGAGUAUCACUGCUGCUCUAGAGAGACGUGGUAUCCUUGUUCUAGAGCGGCUCGGCACAGCACUCACGACUUCCUUGGAAAAAUUAGCCAAUUGCCGGGCUGUUUCUGACCUACAGCUGCUACAGGCCUCAAAUGAUCAACCUUGUAUGGGGUCUGGUCAUCAAGAGUGUAAGUGCUUGUUAAGAAACUCCAUUGGUGCCAUCACUGGUAUUAAACGUCGUGAUGUUUCUGGUCGCCUUUAUCUGCUCAUUGAGAACACAUCUGAUGUUCCUCAUCCGCCUGUAGUGACGCUUCUUCUACCUGCUCUCAUGGCGCCUGUUGCUGCCAAUUUAAAGGUGUUGGUGGAGGAGGCUGUGAAGAGCGUGUCACACAGCAUCCUAUCUCCUGGCGUGGUGUGCGGCUUCUGCUGGGGAGCUAACCUGGCGGCUCUUGUGCAGCGCCGACACACGAACUCCUGCCUCCUUCAGCGCACCGGCGCUACUGAGGCGCAAGUCUUUUUCGUGGUGGAGGCGUUCUGGCGGGUGUUCGUACGUCUGCAGGCGCAGGAGGACGGCAGCCAAAGCAGUGUCGCGCCCCUGCCGCCGUGGGCUACAGACCAGCACAGACAGGAGCCACCCCAAAGUGUACCACAAGAGCGCAAGACGCGUGCAGCUGCCUGCCACGAUGAGACUCUGUCACACGCUGCGGUGUUCAGUGCUGUGUCGUCGGCGCUGGAAACUGUUCUUCAGCUGCUGCAAGUCGACUACUGCAUCUUUGACAGAUAAUUGCAUACUUGAGCUCUGGAAAUUUCAUGAUUUCAUAACCGUGCUCUGGAAAUUUCAUAAUUUCAUACCCGU